AUUGUUAGAGGAAACUGGCAGCAAGUAUAGUCAUUGUGUCCAUAGCUGACGUACUUGAUUCCCGGUCUGACCGACUUGGGGAUAUGCUUGAAUUGUAAUCUGAUUUGACCAGACUUUGAUAACUUGGGUGAAGAUGAAGAGCCGUGAAAGCUUACAUCUUUGGAUAACAUGUGAUGUGAUCACGCUCUUUUCUUGCCAUUGAUGUGAAUCUCAGACACCUUGCUCUUAUGCAAAGAGUUAUUUGGUGGUGGUUCUACCCCUUUUGGAAAGUGUAUCAGGUAUGAAGAGUCAGAUGUUUCACCCAUAGCUGAAGUGAUUCUUUAUUUGGAGACAUCAUAUUCACCAAGCUUGUGCAUUAUAACUGAGAUGGGGAGAAAAUACCAAUGGUGAGCUGAUGACGUACCUACCAAGUGUAAAGUCCUUUUCCAAGGUAACUGCUUGGAAGCACAGUGGAAGCCUCCAUGGGACACAGGGGACCUACCAACCUCAAGCAGUUCCACUGCUGCCCUUUAUACUCUGCCCCAGGAUGAGGGUGCUCCUUCGAUUACAAACAUACACAGUGGCAAUUGCUCUAUCAAGCCUGAUCUCAGUCACACUCCUCCUCUACACAGUCAGCAGUGGGGGAAUCAGAGCAACUGUCAAGGGAGGAUCAUUGUUUUCAAACUACCAUCAGAUCAACCAUCUGGAGCAUGCAGUAGAGACACUGAAGAGCAAGCUCUCAGAGGCAGAAGCCUAUGAGAAGGAACUCCUGGGGAAGAUUGAGGACCUGCAGGAGCAGGCCAACUCUGAACAUGCCAGCACCAUUCAGGUUCGGGGGAAUGAUGAACGAAGUGGAUGGGAAGGGGUUGGAGACUCACCUGGUAAUGCCCGUGGUAAUAAUGGCAACCAGAUCCAGCAGCAAAUUUACAGCUGCAAGCACACAGACAUCAUCAAAGUUGGUAAGACGAUUGGACAGGGCCACACCAAGGUUGUCCAGGAAGGGACAUUGCUUGGCCGGAAGGUUGCAGUCAAGAGCGCCGGGAUGCAAGUUAAAAGCGUGAAGGAUUGUCUUGAACGGGGUAUCUACCACAAAAAGGAGGACUGUCUCCUUCUAGCUAUGUAUAAAGUACUGAAAGAAGCCAUGAUCCUUCGUCAGGUCAGGCACCCAAACAUAGUGAAGCUGAUAGGACUAUGUGCUCGUAGUGAAAUUGGGAGUCCAAACAUCAAGGAGAGGGGUAUCACCUUGGUCGUAGAGCUAGGGAGACCUGUUCAUCUUCAUGAACUGGUUGAAGAAUCUUGGGCAAGGAGAGUCAAAUACUGCAUCGAGAUCGGCAGACUUCUGCAAUAUCUUGAGGAUUCCCCCAUGGGUAGCACAGCUAUAAGUGACUUCCGGGACGAACAGUUUGUCAUGGUGGAUGGCGUCCUCAAGUUGUCUGAUGUAGAUGAUCUGAGCAGCACAGAACCGGACUGUGAUCAAAAUAUGGAGUGCCUGGUCAACGGAAAAUCAGCUGUCAAGUGCUCGUCAAACAUGAAGUGUGCUGGACUCAAUGCUCAUCUCAAUCUCCUCCAUGCCUAUGAGGUCUUCAUUGGUCCUCUUCUCAGUAGGGAUGUACCCCCCUCACUCCAGACGGCUACCAAAAAUCUACUGAAGUCACUCAAGAAAGGAGAGCUGGAUGCCGAGGGAAUGGUCUAUAGACUCAAGAACUUGCAGGCCAUCCCUUGAAGAUGGCCCAUCCAUUGAAGGAAGAACGGCACACCCCAAGAGGAAAUAACACCUUAAUGUCUUAGCAUCGCUGAAAGAAACGACCAUUAGGACUACAUUCUAGUGGUAACAUCUUUCCACAUCCACAAUGAAAUCUGCAACAGAUGGUGAAAAUCUACCUGCAGUGGAAUGCUAAGCAUGGCAAGAAUUCAUCCAGAGGAAUGAUAUAAUCAUCAGAAGAGCACAUGGAUAGAACAUUACAAAAUUGUGAAUACAUGGGGCAUGUAGACAGCAACAUUUAAUGUUGACUGGCUCUGUCACUGGCAUUUAUAUUCUGAGUUGCCUCUGGCUCCUGCAAUCUGUUUACCAUAGGAUAGAGUUUUUGUAGAAAAAUCUUUCAUUACGUUGAAAUAUGCUGUGAAUGGUUCAAAUUCAAGCAAAUGAGAAACCAUAGAACACUUUUAAAAAAAUCUUAAAAAUUAAAUUUUGAAAAAGUGCUGCCAUUCUGAUGUAGGCAAAAUCAUGUUCGACUCUUCCUUUUUAUUAGUACUUUAAAAUUGGCAGCGAUAUAUUUUAUCUGAAAAAAAAAGAAACAUAACAUCAUUCUGAUGCAGCAAGAAGAAAAUUUUGACUAGUGAGAUUUGGGAGCAUUUCAUGAAACACUUUUUCACUGACAGUUUUGCUCUGAGCCAUUCAGAAGCAAGAAUUUCAGUAGCUUAUAACAACUAGUCAAUGAACAUCACAUAGAUAUUUGUUUCAUGAAAUAGCUCCCAAGAUUAAUAUAGUGGUGUAAAAUGAGUUUAAUGCAGCUUCCUAGUAGAAGAAUCUUACUAGGAUCCAGAAUGUGAAUUUGAUUAAAGUGAAAUUUCUAACCAAAGGCUUUUAAUCAUAAACCACCUCGAAUGUGCAAUUUGAUUUGAAAGAGAUUUUAUACACAAAAACAAAAAUUGACUAUAAUAAUUGUACCUUUUUAUGUCACGCCUUAUGUUUCUGAUCAGUUUCAUUUGUCCCUUAUCAAUAUUUUUGCUCAUUUUUUUCAUUUUCUUACUGUUUUUUUAAUAAUUUUUUUCCUUUAUUUCUUUCUCUCUGUCUUUCUUUAUUUUUUACUAUCUAUCUAUCUAUCUAUCUAUCUAUCUAUCUAUCCCUCUCUUAGGAUUUUCACAUCAUUGUCACAUAGCAACAGAUUCUACAAUUUAUUAUUCAAACCCAAAAUAAUAGAAAUUGUGCACAUCCCUUGAGAAGACUUGUUAUGGCAGAUAAUGGUAUGAAGAUCAUUCCAUAGCCCAGGUUGUUUUGAUUGAAAUGUGUAAGCAAAUAUUUUUGAAAAUAUUUGUACUCGUCAAAGCAGACCUGCCAACCAGUACGUUUUUGCAACCAAAAUACGGCAGUACGUUUUUUCUUUAAAAAAUAAGUUUUUGUAAAAAUCGUAAUUUAUUGAGAAAAAUCAUCUCUAUAAAUAUGUCUCUAUUUCAUAAAACUUACACAAAUAUGGUUAUUAGAUCAAUGUAAUUUCAGGUAACUUUUUGUUUCCAAUCAUUUUGUUAAAACCAGGGUGAGAUAUACACAUGUUUCAAUGUUUUUUUUUCAUCUGCAAGAGCAGUGCGCAUUUUAGCUUGAGCGCCGCGAUGAGCGAGUGCGCCACACAUUUUAUUAUGAAAUACAUUUUUUUGGGAAAAAUACAUUUUUUGAAAUCACAGAAUACAAUAUUUCAUUCCCAGAGGUUGGCAGGUCUGUCAAAGGACAUAUUAUCAUUGAUAAACCCACAAAAAUGUUGAAACCAGUGUUAGGGAAUUAUCAUUAAAUGAUGAUUUCCUUACAAUUUUAUCAAUUUAUAAUUCAUGUAAUGAAUUGAUUUCUUUGUUGUAUUGUCUGUAUAUUAGAAAUUUGCUUCUGAAGCUGUUUGGGAAUGGGAAUAUGUAAUUAGAAAAAAAAUAUAUUAUUUCAUAUCUGUAUUGCAUUUGCGACCAAUUCAAUUGCAUUUGUGAUUAUAGACAUUUGUUUUAUUACCCUUGGUGUAUUUUUAUUCAUUAUCCUUUUUUUCUUCUUCACAUUUUGAUGUUCUAUAUUUUGGGUUAAUGAUUUGGUAUGAUGUAUCGCCAAUGUUUAUUAUUUGAAGUAAAGGUAUAUGUACAUGUAAUUUGUUUUGAACUUGAUUUUACAUUCUUUUUUUACAAUAUUUCAUGCAGCUUUUUUCUUGAUUCGAGAAUUUCUAUGUGUGUGUUUAAAUAUAUAUUGUUUCAACUGUAGAAGGAUGCCUGGGAAUGGAGGGGAGAGAGGGCGGGGAAUCGUGAUGGUAGCAAGGAGAUUGAAUGGUUAUUGGGGUAAGUUAGAUGGGAAGGGCAGUCAAGGCAUAAGGCACAUUAAUUGGAAGCCAAUAUUUAGCUGAAUAGUGACAGUACAGUAUAUUUAUUACCAAGAGAGUAGCCAUUAUGCCAUUUAUUAAUAAUGCCAUUGUAGGUAUAUACAUAUUGUUUUAAACAUCUUCUUUGACAAGUAAGUGGGUAGAAUUGGUGAGAAAUCCAUCAUUCAUCUUAAAGGUUCAUUGAUCAAAUAAUCUCUGAAUCAAUUUAAAUAGGUAGUGUGUAAAAACAGGUUGAUAUCGUGGCACCUGAAUGUAGCUCCACACCAAAUCUUUUUGAAAGAACACAGCAAGCGUCUUUUCAUCACUAAUCCUCACAGUUCUUCAGAGACAAAACAAUAAGGGAUAUUGGAAAGCUGAGUGUGUGACAGUUAUAUAGCACCUCAGUAGUGGGAUUCAUGCUAAAAGACUUCCCACAGAAUAUUUGCUUAGGUGUCCUAUUUAUGUGAUUUGAAGUAUGUCCGAUUUGUAAAUUCUGGAAUAUAUCACUACCUUUUUAUCAUUGUAAUGUAUUAUAUGCAAAUUAAAUUGCUUUUAUAGAAAGUGAACAUUCCAGUAUAAAUAUUUUAUAAUUGAAGAGGAAUAUGAGAAUGAAAUAGUGUAAAAACUUUUAAACAAGAACUCUUUUUCAAGGUAAAGAAGCAUGGCAGCUGCAAAGUCAUAUUUAAUGCUGAAUAUAUAAAGAUUUUGCUUGUGAAUAUGUCUAGGUGUUGUGGCUCGGCGAAUGAGUCUGUGGAUUUUGAAUCACAAGGUCCCGAGUUAAUCUACAUUUGUCACUUUCCACCAAGGUUUAAUAAAUGGAUACCCCAAAAGAGUGCAUUCCUUCAAUGCUGAACGAGCUAGCCAUGCUUAACAUAAAGUCAUGGUAAGAGUAUGCUAUAUAGAUGUUGCAUAUUCUAAUCAGUAUAAUACCACAUGCAAGCUCAUUUAGCAAUCGUGGCUAAGGUAAAUAAUACCACUUCCCUUCCAAAAUAUUAGAAUAAAUUGCAAGUUGCAGUGCACUGUCUGUUUGAUAACAAACAUUGUAAAAUAAACAAUAUACUUUUUUUGGGGUAACCGGUAUUAUUACAGGUUUCAUGUUUUCGUGUCACAAAACAUUCAUGCUGCAUAUUAUAUUUAAUUAAAUCAAUAGAAAAUUGCAUAGUUUUAUUAGGCCUUGUGUAAAUAUUCAUGUUGCUAUGUAAGGCAUUCCUUAGACACUGUACUAGUGAGAGAAAAUGGAAAUGGACAACAUUUCUUAUUUUUGAUGUACAUGUAUAUGUAAGUUUACUUUAGUUCAUACAUGUACAUGUAUUUUCUCUUUGUAAUGGAUAUGCUCUGGUUCAUGGUCAUGAAUACAUAGUGUAUUUGUUUAAUAUUUUGUAUGUGUAUAUACCAAAUGAUUGUGUAGGUCAGCAGUUCUUAUCAUGGGCAUCCUUUAAUGCAGAUGACAGAUAUAGAAACAAAAAUCUCUCCAACAAAGGGCAAUUAUUCAUCAAAUUUGAACAAAAUUAGUUUUAACGUGGAGAAGGUUUAUGGUUCACCAUGUGUAAUAUGAAGAAGGGAAAGGAAAUACAGGCAGAAAAAUUGAAAUGGAAAGACAAAGGAUGAAAAGAGGAAAUUAGAGGUAUUGUUUUCUUGAAAGAGUGAAGUCCUGAAAAGGACUGUGAACCAGAUGAGAUGAGCUGAAUAUAGCUUGAGAAGCGAUGGUUUGAGUAGAAGCAGGUUGAAGUGAAGAGAGGUUACUCAACGUUUCGUGCAGGUUGACUGUCCGUCUUCAGGAGUUUAGUUUUAUUAAAAAAUGUUGCCAUGAUUUCAGUCCCUUAAAAUAGUUGUUUUUAACAUAACUAGUGAUAGGUUUGGUGGAACAUGAUUCCAAUACAAUUUUUUAGUUAUUCUGUUGUUGGAGGGAUUAUUAUUGCAAGAUUGUGUAUACCAUGAAGCAGAGCAUUAAAUCCAAGGGGCUGUUUCACAAAGCUGUUUGUAAAGUUAUGCAUGAUUUUAGUAACGAUUGGAAUAUGAAGUACCAAAGUAUGAGCUCAAUUUUUAUCCUAAAACAUUAUCGAACUGAUUGCAUAUCAAACAAAAAUAUUCUUUACCUUGAAAAAGGAUCUAUUUACUUCAUCAAUAAAGAUGCACAUUUCAGAUUUAGCUGUUGCGAAUUAUAAACGUUUGAGACAUGCUUCUGUUUUGUUAUAUUCUGAUCAUUUGUAAAUUUGUGCAUAACUUUACAAAUAGCUCUCUGAAACACCCCCAAAGAGCUUGUGUCAUGUUGAUAUAAGCCAAUUUCAUAUUAUCUUGUGGAAGUUCAAUUAGAAAUGAAGUGCAAAUAAUGAGAUUGUGAUGACGGAGUGUGAAGAAAAUAGCAAUAUUUAUAUUAAGACCAACUGUAGAUUGCUCAUGAUGUUUUGGGGCUUUAGCAACUUGCCAAUAUUUCUUUUGCGUAUGUUCGUGCAAAAUCUUUUUUUUUGCUUAAAUUGCUCAUAUUCAAAUAUUUUGGAGUUAUGCUCAUCCUGCAAAACUUGUGUGAAUGUGGAGUGUGAAUUUUCUUAUUGAAAAAUGAUAAAAUUUGCCUUUUUAUAAUGUAUUUGUAUAUUACAGCAAAACAAUAAAUUUAUAGUAUUGGUAUUCUA